AUGUUAGCCUCUGAAUGGAAAAGAACUGGCAUGCUUAGCCAUUUUACAGUACUGCGUAAGCUUGAUGGAGGCAUAUUUCCAAUGGGAUUUACCAAAGAGGCAGCAGAUAGAAAUUCAAAGGCGGGAUCAAAUGUCAUUAGUUUUGAAAGCAGGCAGGCUUGCAGAGUGCCUAGCAAUAUGUGGUCCAAACUAGGCCGUCUCAAGCGCUCAGUCAUGCCUAAGCUUACCAAAGGAAACACCACUUUUGGUUCCGGAGCAAGUCCAGGGAUCAUGUCUUGCAUUGCCGGCAGGCUUUUAUGUGAUACCUUUCUGUGUGCUCGUGACCUAUUAAAAGAGGUUAGCUAUUCUCUAACACAACUUGCAAAGACUCAGCUAAACAAGGAUCGGAAGGAGAUUGCUCCACGUGAUAUUCCAAGGAUGUUUCAGAAUUCCGGAUCCCUUCUGGAACUUAUAGAAUAUGGUGAGACAGAUGCAUGGUUAUCAAUGGAACUCAUGUUCCAUUUGAGUGUUCUUCCCCUCACACGUCAGUUGACUAACAUAAGUGGUAAUCUCUGGGGGAAAACUCUGCAGGGUGCUAGGGCCCAAAGAGUAGAAUAUCUCUUGUUGCAUGCGUUCCAUGCGAAGAAAUUUAUUGUUCCCGACAAGUUCUCUUCUCAGUUAAAGGUUUUGAAAGUGACAAAACGUAAAUUGAAUCAUGAUGCUGAAGACAAAGCAAUUGAUGAUUUGGAUGUUGAUGAUGCUGAGAUUGAGUCUCCACAUAAUGAACAAGAGAAAACGAGAAAGGGGCCUGCUUAUUCGGGUGGAUUGGUGUUGGAGCCAAAAAGAGGUCUAUAUGAUAAGUAUAUAUUACUUCUGGACUUCAACAGUCUCUACCCCUCCAUCAUUCAGGAGUACAAUAUAUGCUUCACAACUGUUCAAAGAUCUCCGGAUGGAUCUGUUCCCCGCUUACCAUCUAAUAAAAGGCCUGGACUGCUACCCGAGUUGCUGAAAAAUUUGGUUGAGAGAAGGAGAAUGGUGAAGUCAUGGUUAAAAACUGCAUCUGGUCUGAAGGUCCAGCAGCUUGACAUACAACAGCAAGCGCUGAAGCUCACUGCAAAUAGUAUGUAUGGAUGCCUGGGGUUUUCCAAUUCCAGAUUCUAUGCAAAGCCACUUGCAGAGCUUAUAACACUACAAGGACGGGAGAUCCUACAAAGUACUGUUGAUCUUGUCCAGAAUAAUUUAAAUUUAGAGGUCAUCUAUGGUGACACAGAUUCAAUUAUGAUUUAUAGUGGACUUGAUGAUAUUUCAAAAGCCAAAGUGAUUGCUGGGAAGGUCAUUCAAGAGGUCAACAAGAAAUAUAGGUGUUUAGAAAUUGAUCUUGAUGGCAUAUACAAGAGAAUGCUGCUAUUGAAGAAAAAGAAAUAUGCAGCUGUCAAAGUGCAGUUUAAAGAUGGCACACCAUAUGAGGUCAUUGAACGGAAAGGUCUUGAUAUGGUUCGUCGUGACUGGAGCUUGCUAUCAAAGGAACUGGGAGAUUUCUGCCUGAGUCAAAUAUUGUCUGGAGGGUCGUGUGAGGAUGUGGUUGAAUCGAUACACAACUCUCUCAGAAAGGUACAAGAGGAUAUGAGGAAUGGGCAAGUGCCACUGGAGAAAUAUGUCAUUACAAAGUCAUUGACUAAACCACCUGAAGCCUACCCAGAUGCGAAGAGUCAACCUCAUGUUGAAGUAGCACUUAGAUUGAAGAAAAGUGGUUAUGUCACUGGUUGCUCCGCUGGAGAUACAGUUCCUUAUAUAAUCUCUUGUGAGCAGGGAAAUGGUUCCAGUAGUUCAACAGGGAUUGCUCAGCGGGCAAGACAUCCUGAUGAACUGAAAACAGACAACGGAAAAUGGAUAAUUGACAUUGAGUAUUACCUGGCACAGCAGAUUCAUCCUGUGGUAUCACGUCUAUGUGCAUCAAUUCAGGGUACAAGCCCAGCACGCUUAGCUGAUUGUUUAGGGCUUGACUCAUCCAAGUUCCAAAGUAAAUCAAGUGAAGCUGUCAACAACGAUCCUUCCAUCUUACUUUUAUGUGCAGUAGAUGAUGAGGAAAGAUACCGGGGUUGUGAGCCUUUGGUUGUGUCAUGUCCCAGCUGCUCUGGUACUUUUGAUUGCCCACCUGUAUUCAGUUCCGUAUGUUUAUCAAUCAGUGGAAAGCCAACAGACGCGCAAGCAGGGGGUUCCACCAGCAAUUUCUGGUGCAACUUGCAUUGCCCUAAAUGCCCAGAGGAAGGCGAAGGGGGUAGAAUAUCUCCUGUACUGAUAGCCAACCAGGUAAAAAGGCAAGCAGAAAGGUUCAUAACAACAUACUACAAGGGCUUAAUGAUGUGCGACGAUGAAACUUGCAUGUACACCACUCGAAGCCUGAACUUGCGAGUCAUCGGUGACUCUGAGAGAGGAACAGUGUGUCCUAACUACCCUCGCUGUAAUGGGCGGCUUGCAAUCAAGUACACGGAAGCAGAUCUGUACAAGCAGCUCACUUAUUUCUGCCAUGUCUUUGAUACUGUACGCUGCCUUGACAAGGUAGACAAUAAGAUCAGGAUACCAGUUGAGAAAGAGCUUGUGAGAAUACGGGCUUUGGUUGAAUUGGCAGCGUCAACAGUACAGAAGUUGCGGGAUCGCUGUGCCUAUGGGUGGGUGCAGCUGAAGGACCUUACAGUUACAAUUUAAUUGCUAACUCACACGUAUAUAGUCACAGUCAAAGCAAUUCUUUCAUCCAUGUACUAUGUAGAUAUCUUGUGUAAAGUAGCUGUUUGUGGGCAACUGCCCUGUGGUUAGAUCCUAGUAGCACAUUAUUCUUUUAAUAUCAGUUCCUAUAAUGGUAUGUAUAUGUAACUUAGUCGUGAUUAAUCUUCACAACAAUUACCCAAAUGAUUUUCGAAACUAUGGAAAACAAUUGGAAACAUAGUGAUGAAAGUAAGAUAUUCAGAUCGACUCUUAUGAACCUUUAAAUGGUAUUAGAU